UUGCCACUAUAUGGCCAAAGGGCAACCUGUUGACAUCUACCCUGUGACUACCUGAUUCUCCUCCCCUUAUAAACACCAGGGCAGGCCUGGGGUCCCAGGGAGUCGGGAGCAGAGAGCCCGGAGUCCUCAGGCCAGCUCUGCCCUCACACCUGCAGGAUGAAGGUCUUCACAGCUGCCCUCCCCUUCCUCGUCCUCGCUGCUGCCCUUGGAAGCCCGGCCAGUGGAGCCAGCCGGGGUGGAUCCCUAUCCCUGAGCAAUGGUGUGCACCGUCCCGCUGACUGCUGCCCCUCCUACACCACACGAAGUAUCCGAUGUGAAAUCAUGAAGGAUUAUUUUCUAACAACCAGUGGGUGCUCCAAGGCUGCUGUCAUUUUCAAAACCAGGGGUGGGCAGGAGGUCUGUUUCCACCCCAGUGCUGAGGGAGUCCAGGAAUGCAUUACGAAGUUGGCCUCAGCCAACACCGAGAAAACGGUCGGUGAGAAGAAGCUGUACUAGAUGCCACGAGCCCACCUCCACUCUCCCACCUUUGGGGAGUUUCUUGGCCUGAAUUCUCUUGUCUAAAGCAGCAAUUAUGUUCUGUUCCUUGUAAAAACUGUGCACCAAUAAAAAGUACCCAAUUUGACUGUGGUUGAACUGGAAGAAGAAUAAAAAAUGUAGAAAUUG